GGAGCGGGCCGGGGCCCCGAGUGUCAACCAGGGAUAGGCUACAAGGAAAUUGGGGACUGGGGUCGGAGCUGCCUGGGGAUGCCGCAGGGGGAGGGACCUCACACUGUUCGGGGCGGAGCCCCAGGGUGCGGGGCGGGGCGUGGAGCCGAGUCGAGAGGAACCUCCAAGCUGGUUCCAGAGGGAGGCGGAGCUACGCGGCCGGGGGUGGGGCUAGAUUUGGGGCGGGGCGGAGCCUGGGUUUUGGAGGAGGAGCCGGAACAAUUGGAAGGUGGAGCCUCGGGUUUGGAGAGCAAAGGGAACGGAGCUCGGACACUGGAAGCGGGGCUUCAGCCAGUGGCUGCAGUUCUGAAAAAGGGGUUGGGUUCUGUUGAGGGCGGGGCUCCAGUGCCUGGGGCGGGGUCACGCUCUCCCAAGGGCGGGGCUAAGGAGCCCAGCGAAAGCCCGAACCCGGGUAAUGGCCUUGGGCGUCCACGCGAGGGCGGUCUCCGUGGUGGUGGGGUCUGGGGACGUGGGAGACCGAGAACUCCUCCGGGAGAGGUGGUGUGGGUGGAGCGGACUCGGGGAGCACCGGAAACAGAGCCAGUCUGGGUGCCCCGGAGACCCCCGAGGGCCCAGAGCUGGGGCGGUGCUCCGGGUGGAGGCACAGGGCCGAGCUGGGGAGAACCCCCUGAGGAUAGGAGCACCCCAGAACCUCACAGCGGGGACGUAUGGGUGCCUCGGGGGCGGCCCCCUGCAGCAGGCACCGAGGUGUGGGUGUGCUGGGCCGGAGGCAGCUGGGUGUGGCGCGAGUGGGGUCGCCCGGUCAGCACAUCUGCCAUGCAGCCAGAACGGGUCUGGACUCUGCGCAAAGGGUCUGGUGGGAACUGAAGAGAAG